CAGACUAAUUACUCCUAAUUUGCAAUAGUAGUGUUAAUUACCUUCUCCGCAUGCCUUAGGUGGACCUAGGCUGAGACCUGUUGCACCCAGCUCAACUUCCGCCAUAUCUUCGGUCAGCAGUGGAAGAGUUCAAUGAAAGACCUGAUUACUAGCGGAAGCUGGAGGGACCAAAAAUAAACGUGAUACUUUGAACAUGUUCUAGCCUCAGAGUUGCCUGAAUCACAACCAAUCCGCGUGGCUGUUGCCAUCCUAUUAACCACUACCUAUUUAUUCACAUACCACAUGUAUUCAUGCAAAACUUCGACAGCCUCAUACAGGAACUUCCUAUUCAAGACCGAGCUGAUAAGCUGGGGAGGGUUAUAAGAUCCCUUCUGUCCCCCGUCAAAGCAGCUCUUUUCUUCCCUUCUCAUCUUCCUCUCUCCAUUAUUUGCAACACCAUGAGGUGGAUAACCGCCCUGGCAUACAUGUGCCUUUUUACUGCUUUUGCAGCAGCACAAGGCGUACAAGAAGCCGUUGACCAGAAACAUCAUCGCAACAAUGACCGAAACAACAACCCUGACAACACUGCGACUGAUAAUGCUGAGACUGUUCUUACUUCGUACCUUACCGGCUCCUACGUCGUCACGUCCUGGAGAGAUGGUCAACCGGCUCAUACCAACCUGCCUUCGCUGGCGAAAGGGUCAGAUGGGGACAUCGAGAUAAAGGGCAGUAAAGGUAAUGGUAGCGACAACGGAAAACACCAGAAUCUAGGCAGGGGAAAGGACAAGGGCAAGGGCGGCAAGUCUACUACAACGUCCACGACCACCACCAAAGCCACGACCACCACGGCGGCCACGACUACCACCAAGGCCACGACCACUACAAAGUCCACUGUCACAUCCUCGACUACUUCCAAAGCCUCGACUACCUCCAAGGCCUCGACUACCUCCAAGGCUUCGACUACCUCCAAGGCUUCGACGACUUCCAAAGCUUCGACAACUCCCAAGGCUUCGACAACUCCCAAGACCACGACCACUUCGUCCAAGCCUUCGCCUGCCUCGUCCAAGUCUGGGUCCAUGUCAACGCCCAAGCCAACUACGACGGCCAAGUCCACCUCGCCAUCUAUUUCGCCGUCCACACCCAGUCCCACGCCCAUGUCAUCGUCUAGACCCCUGAUCCCAACCGCAUCUACGUCCUGCGCCAAAAGCGUAGUUCCCUUAGUCAAAUUCUUCUGUGAGCCGAUGGUGACUAGCAUGUCUAUGACCGGCUCCUACAGAAUUUCUGGCAGCGGCUCCUACAGCAUGGCUUGCUCGCCGUCAACGGUAUUCACCACCGGAUGCCUUGCCACGGGAACCACAACAACUAUCAUGGGCACACCGACUCCCAGUGUUCAACCACUAUGCUCAUAUGAGGCUUGUAAGGCAGAUUCCGAAUGCAUUCUUGGAGGAAGCGCAAAUAUGGUGACGGUACAGGAAGUCUCCUGCCAGGACAUUCCUGUGGAAUACAUGGACGAGCUACCCGCCGAGACAUCAGGCUCCGUUAUGAGAAUCAUCGACGGGAAGAUGGUAAAUGGGGUUCCAAAAGAUGGUGGGUUCGCGAGUAAGCUGGCCAAGCGCGCGCGACCUAUACCAGCAAGGCCACUUACCGUAAUCGAUCUCGACACAAUUGACCCCAUCGCCUUGAAGAUAGAGGCGGGAAAGAUGUACGAAAAUAUAAGAGCUCGAGAACAUUAUGGAAAUCCCUGGUUUGAACAGGAUUGGGGUGUUACCGCUAAAUGGAUGGAGUUCCCAAAGUACCCUUAUGAUAAAACAGCAGUGGGAGUAAGGGACUUAUCGGGAUGUACUGUGGCAAUGAUUAUUACGCCAAAGGGAGUGUUUGUGGUACACAUCUGGGAGUCGUUCUUUGUUGAUGAAGAGUCCCGAAUAAUUGACGUGGAUGAAUUUGAUCGGCUCGUCAUUGAGUCCCUGGUGGGCGGUGGAAAUCGUGGAGCUGGCUCUCUCCUGGAUCUUAUUGGAACUGACCAAGCCCCGGGACAGCUGCAUCGUACAAAAGAGCCCACCAUAGUUGUGAUCACACCUCACGACUACGACGAACACGGCAAGGCAUUCCGGUACCAAUCCCAUGCGCAGCGGCUAGCAGACAGGCUGGGGAGAGCCAUCUAUCCGAACGGAUACCCAGAGCAGAAGGAUCCAUUGGUAGCAGCUUAUGAUCCAAAGGCUCAGCUGACCGAUGAGGAAAAGGGGCGAAUCCCCCGCGCGUACAGGAAAAUAUUUAGGAAAAUUGCCUUAGAGGUAACAAGGAGGAAUGUUUUGAUGCAUGAAGAAACCAGACCGGGAGAACGACCGAAGGUGUUCUUUCGCGGUGCUUGGCGGCUAUGGGCAGGCCCUAACAUCGUGCUUGAACAGGAUUUCUGGGAUGAGGACAAUUGGUUCGAUAAAUUCCCGCCAAGCCACUACACCGGCGGGAGAAAUAGGCGAGAUGAAUCUGAAGGCCAAGAAGAGGAAGACGUCGACCCGUGCCUGUACUGGGAUGGGCCACCGGCCUCGUCAAGCGGCAAUCCCACCGCGGCCAGCAGCAGUAGGGCUCUCAUCAAUACCAGCACGACCCCAUUUGGAACCAGCACGACGCCCACGCCUACCCCCACCGGACUGUGUUCCUAUGAAGCAUGCUCCAACGAUUCAGAAUGCGCUUUGGAAGAUGGAGCCACGGAAUUCGUGUCAACAGGGCACGUAGACUGCUCGGACGUCCCGCUUGAAGAGGUGGAUCACCUACCCGAUCAGAUCGAGGGAUCUGAGAUAGUGAUACUGGGGGGAGACUCAGUCAAAGCCAAUCGUCUGACCAAACGGGUCUUCAGGGAAAGACCUCUCAGAGAUUUUGAAAAUCUCCGAGAAGACGAGAAACCAGAGGCAUAUCGAAGAGAGGUAUUAAGGACGAUGACAAGGCUUACGGCUAAUAAUGGAUGGGUGGGGAAGAAUCCCGGCAUCACUGCAAAAUGGAUUCCAUUGCCACAAUUCCCUAAUGACAGGAUGGCUGUCGGGCUGAGGGAGCUUAACGGGUGCAAUGUGGUCGUGAUUAUCACACGAGAUGGGGUGUAUGUCGCCCAUUUCUGGGAGGCACAUUAUUUCGCGGAGUCUGGCACCGACCAUGCGAUAUCCGCCCCCGAUUUCAUGGAGAGAACCAUUGCUCCUCUUGCGGGUGAAUCCGAACAGCCAGAGCCUCAUAUCCAGGAUACUAUUCGGACGCUAAUCGGGACUGACGACGAGCCUGGGGCACUGCACCCCACGCACGAGCCGCAGAUCUUUGUGAUUACUCCUUGGGAGGUAGGGCAAGUUGGGCGAGCUUACGCAUACCCAGAACAUGCCCGGCACCUAGCUGACUCUCUUGGUGAGUUAAUUUAUCCAGACGGAUACCCGAAAGAAGAGCUGCGGCCGAUAAUCAAAGCAUAUGACCGAGAAGUGCGGGGUCCAGGGGUGCUGGGCAACCCCUACCAAAAAGUUAUUCUUGAGAUGACCAGGAGAAAUGAGGCAACGCGCAUGACCAUCGAUGGUCGUAGACGUGUGCAUUUCAGGGGAGCAUGGCGGCUGUGGGUUGGUGUGGAGCGCAUUGGGGACAUCAAAUUUUGGAAGCCGAAUAACUGGAUACCGACUUUUUACAAUGGCGAUGACUAUCCAAUCGUCAAAAGGGGUGACGAGGUGGCCGAAGAGAAUGCUGUGGAUGCGUGCCCAUAUUGGACAAUGUCUUCGGGCUCACCAACGGGCUCAUCCAGCAUGAUGUCCCCAACCACAGUGGUAAACCAAAACCUCCCCAGGACCCUUCUCACGACAACAAAAGGCUCCAAAGUCACCACCAAGUCAAGCGAAACCAAGCCAGCAGGGCUGAAUGGCUAAGGGCUCGCUUUCCACGCGGGAAAGCUGUAUGGCUCGCACACCUGGGAGUGUAUUGUUUGUUCAAAUCUACUGUAGCUGGGAACGAGUCUGAUGUUCGUUGACAGUGCCAUCUGUGAUGUGUUUUGCCUAUGUUCUGUUUCGGUCUCAUCAUUGUCUGCAUAUUGUUCAAGACGCCUUGCGCUGGUCGAAAUUAGGCAGCUAUACUUGAAUGGCACG